GGGGGGGUUCUCUACGUCGACAGAUCCUACCUGGCCGAAGGAGUAGCGGCGCUCCAGUCGACGCUCCUGAGAAUUUUCAUUCGGACGUAAACGAGAUCCUCAUUGAAAGGAGAAUGUGAAAAGAGUUGUUUGUUUGUAAUAAUAGUGUUUGGAGUUUUUUUGCGUGGAGGCAAAGCUUGCACGAUGAUCUGGACAACACAAAAUCACAAGAUGUCCCCUGAGACGAAAUCUUGGGCGAUGAAGAAGACGGGGAUGCUGGUCGUGGCCGCUGCCCUCACCGUCUCUGCGUUCGUCGGCUAUCUGUUCCUGAGUGGAUCCGAGGGCGAGACCAUCAGCAUUGUCACCUUUGACGAACGACUGAAAGAGGUUUGCGCUUCGCCGAAACUGCCGAUGCCAGAAUAUCGCGGCGUGAAGAGCUUCUUCGACUUCCUCACCCAUUCUGAUGACGAUCACUGCUACUCGUGGGUUGAAUUCGGCGGAGAAAAGAUACCAAUACCAUCCCAGAGCGAUAAGGAAUGUGCCGACGAAGUGCGGAAAUCGAAGUACAUUUGUUUCAACGAUGAGUACAAGAUGACCCACGACCCAUGCGUCAUCUACAGCUUCAGCCAGGACGCCGACACUCAGUUCGAACGAGAUAUGGACAUGUUCAGCUGCGAAGUCCAUUCCUUCGAUGUCGAGAAGGUAAAACACGAACACGUGCACCGAACCGAAUUCUGGAAGGAACACGCCUGGACCAUCGGGGAAUACCCUUACGACAAGCCCCUGGAGGACGGGACGUUCGAACGGCGCCGAUCGCUCGAGUUCAUCGGCAAGACGCUGGGCCACACAGGGCGAGAAAUCAAGUACAUCAAGAGCGACCUCGAGGGCAGGGAGUGGAUCCUCCUUCGGCAGAUCGUUACGCAUUUGGAUCUCAUGGAUAUCCGGCAGGCGGGCCUCAGACUUCACAUCCCUCUGUCCGUGAACCAGAUGACAGGCGAAGCGCGUCACGCGUACUUUGCCACGCUCUUCAAGGCAUUCCAGGGAAUGACCUGCGCAGGCUACAAAUACGUCUUGGGUCGUCCCAUCAAGUACUACAAAGGCAUCAUCAAAGUGCCCGAAAUGUCUAAUACCACUUUUUACCCUGCUUAUGAGGUCAAUUGGGUCAAAGUCAUCAACUAAUCGAAAGCCAAGACAGAACUUAUGAAAAAAAACUAUUUCUUAUCCUAAUUUAGUUUAAUCAAGUCCCUGGUGAUAUUAUUCUUGUAGUGCUAAGAGAAAUGUCAUUUGUAAAUAACUGCAGUAGUUUGUACAAAUUAUAAUGACGUACAGUAUAAUCGUGUUUGCUGUGGAAAAUGACGUGUACUGUACAUACGGGAAUAAGUUCUGCCAUAAGCGGUUACAUGCCCUAACAUUUGAUGUAUACCAAUCUCAAUAAAGACGCCCAUAAACAGUAA